GCUAGUUAUUUCCUCCUUUUUAUCAAGUGUUUAUGCUAUGCUAAGCUAAUAGCUGUAACUUUAUAAUUACCAUCUCUCAGCGAAAAAGCAGCAGGGGUCCACAACACAUGUUUGCCAGGAGGCAGACAACCUUACUCUGUCAAAUAUUUCAUAUAAAAAGCAAUAAGUAACCAUUCACAAAUAUAUGCAUUAAAUAUCAAGUUUGGUGGCAUAGAUAUAUUCCCGGACUUAUUCUAACACACAGAGGCCCUGUCAUGUCGAUUAUUCAUAUACGACAUUUUCGGAAACUGUCCAACGAGAUUAUACAUAGGGCAUUGUGGGACAUGUAGUAUAGGCUACAGUAGUGUAUCCUGAUUAAUAUGAUGGAAAGCAUGGGCGAUUUAACCAGCUGCAGUCGUGCAUGUGCAGACCUGUAGCCUGCCUGCGCGGUGUUCCCCUCAACUCUGUCGUCACGACCAGCAUUCAGUCACGACUAGUGCGCGUGUACAUGCCAUGAUCAUGUUCCUCCUCCUCUAUCAGAUACACAAGGGUUUCCCUUUACAUGCAACGGCGAUGCACUAAAAACACAGUCCUCCGUGCAGUGCGCUUUUUCCAGCCCUUGAAGUAUUGUGUGCAGCACCAUGCAAGCGGCGGGCACCGGAGCAGCUGAUAACAACGCUACUGUAAGCAGCAGCAGCAGCAGCAGCAGCAGCAGCAGCGCCGCAGACGUCGACGACAGCGACGGGGCAGGGGAGAGGAUGGAGAGGACGGUGCCAAGCGAGCAGCAGGACAGGACCAACAACAACCAGCAGCAACAGAAUAUGUCCUUAACGCCAUCCGGAGUCCUCGAUAAAUUGUUUGGGAAGCGCUUUCUGCAGGCCAGACACUACAUUAUGUCUCGUAAGUCCUGGCUGAAGAUGGUGCCCACCGAAAACUGUGAUAUCCUGAUGACAUUCCUAGAUACAAUAGAUGACCACACUCUGCUGUGGCUCCUGAAUCAGAUUCGUGUUGGAAUCCCACAAGUCAGCAUUCAGGUUCGACAGCACAAACACACCCAGGCACAAGCCUUCUUCAUCACGACAACAUUUGAGAACUUACUGCGGGGAGCCGAGCAGAUGGGCAUGCACAAGGCCAUCAAACCGCAGUUUGGCGGCGGGAUGCGGCGCUUCUCCUGUGAGGAAGACAACAUCUAUGAGAACAUAGAGAGCGAGCUCUGCUUUUUCACCUCACAGGAGCGUCAGUGCAUCAUAAAGUAUUGGCUGGACAAUCUGCGAGCCAAACAGGGCGAGGUGCUCCACAACAUUCACUUCCUGGAGGGCCAGCCAAUCAUUCCAGAGCUGCAAGCUCGGGGAGUGAUCCAUCAAAUGUUUCCUCUCCACGAGCAGAGGAUCCUCAACCAGCUGAUGACAUCUUGGGUCCAGGCUGUGUGUGAACGGCAGCCCCUGGAUGAUGUGUGUGACUACUUUGGAGUGAAGAUCGGCAUGUAUUUUGCCUGGCUGGGUUUCUACACUAACUCCAUGCUUUACCCUGCUGUCAUCGGCUUUCUCCUCUGGAUACUGGCAGAGGCCGACCAGACCAGUCAGGAUAUCUGCUGUGUGGUUUUUGCCCUCUUCAAUGUUGUGUGGGCGACAUUGUUCCUGGAGCGCUGGAAGAGGCGAGAGGCGGAGCUAGCCUACAGGUGGGGCACCCUGGACACCCCCGCCGAGUCCUUGGAGGAGCCCAGGCCACAGUUCAGGGGAGUGAAGCGCUGCAGUCCCAUAACGGGCUGUGAGGAGUUCUACUACCCGCCCUGGAAGAGAGCUCUGUUCAGAUGGCUGGUCAGCCUGCCCAUCUGCCUCCUCUGUCUCUGUUUUGUCUUCCUCGCUAUGCUCCUCUGCCUGGAACUGCAGGAAGUGGUGAUGGAGAUUCAGGAGCUACCUGGUGUCACAAGAUUCAUUCCUAAGAUACUUCUGGCCAUCACUGUGACCAUAUGUGAUGAAGUGUAUAAGAAGAUUGCCUACUGGCUUAAUGACAUGGAGAACUACAGACUCCAGAGUGCCUAUGAGAGUAAUCUCAUCAUCAAGAUGGUUUUUUUUGAAUUCAUCAAUUCUUACCUUAGCCUUUUCUACAUUGGGUUCUACCUCAAGGAUAUGGAGCGACUUAAGGAGAUGCUAGCUACUCUACUGAUCUUCCGGCAGUUCCUACAGAACAUCAAAGAGGUCCUCCAGCCUUAUCUCUACGAGCAAAACAAGCUGGGCGUCUUCACCCCCAAGGUGCUGUGGGAGCUCCUCCAAACCAUCGUACUAAAGUACGGCCGCCUGGCUCUGGGAAAGGCCCAAGCCUCAAUGACAGCCUAUUCCUUACUGGGUCCCAGAGGGAUCCCUGUCAGUCACGCUGCUAACGGAAACCCAGAGCAAAAGAGAAGAGGGGAUCUGAAAGCCGGAUUCAGGCUGACAGAAGAAGAGUGGGACAUGAAUGACAGCAAUCUGAAGCAACGUAAAGUCAGCUUCACCGAGAAGGUCGACUACCAGGAUGUCGCGACAGAAACGCAGGCGGCGGAUCGCAGCCACCUCGAGGACAGUCCCACAAUGGUAGAGGAAGGGAUGGACCCGUCCAGUAUUUUUGACAGUUGUGAUGAGGACAGUGAUUGUGAAUCUCUGGCUGAAGAAUCUGACUCUCUCUGUCAGAGAAGAAAGAACGUAGGUGAGGAGAAUGAGCAUAAGAAGUCAUGGAUUGAUCCACCAGAAGAACCCAAAACGGUCAUCCUGACCCAGGCUGAGAUUGAGAGCUGUAUGCAGACAUACGAGGACACACUGCAGGACUACCAGGAAAUGUUCAUCCAGUUUGGCUAUGUGGUGCUCUUCUCUUCUGCGUUUCCUCUGGCGGCCAUGUGUGCUCUUCUCAACAACAUCAUCGAGAUCCGCAGCGACGCGCUGAAGCUGUGUACUGGCCUGCAGAGACCCUUUGGACAGAGGGUGGAGAACAUCGGACAAUGGCAGACUGCUAUGGAGGCCAUGGGCUUGAUAGCCAUUAUAGUGAACUGUUACCUGAUUGGUCAGUGUGGGCAGCUACAGCGUCUGUUCCCCUGGUUGAGUCCUGAGAUGAUCAUCAUCUCCAUCGUCUUACUGGAGCACUUUGCAAUCCUCCUAAAGUACAUCAUCCAUGUUGCCAUCCCUGAUAUCCCUGGCUGGGUAGCAGAUGAGAUGGCCAAGCUAGAGUACCGACGAAGGGAAGCUUUCAAGAAGCAUGAGCAGCAGGCCCAGCAGCACUUCCAACAGCAGCUGAGACGCCGGCGCGAGGAGGAGGAGCUUCAGCGCCAGGCGGAGCUGCAGGCUGAGGCCCGCCAGGAGACGGAGCACCGGGCAGACAGCCAGCACCAGCACCACCACGACAAACCCCCGGGGGGCAAGUCAGGGGACAAGCCCAAGAGACCCAGCUCCCUGUUGGGGAACAACAACGUGAUGAAGCUAAAGCAGAUCAUCCCUCUCCAGGGGAAGUCCCGCUCCUCACCAGCCCAGUCCCCAACGGGAGGUGAGGCAAAGCUGCCAGGGUUUCUGAAGUUCUUGAAGUCGCCUGAGGGGAAAAAAGAGCCAGCUGGGGCAGCCGGAGCACCAGGCUCAAUAGUGGCCUCUAGCGUUCCCCCUAGUGGCCAGGAGAAGCCACCGUCCCCCAACAGGACAUUCAGUCCUGGGAAGCUGUUCAGUUUCAGCAAAUCAGAGGGGACUGUGGUGUGUGUGAACGGGACACAACCACCACCCCAGCCUGCCAACGCUCAGCCCAACAGGGCGGACUCAAACACAAGCCUGGAGGAAUUACCCUCCAAUGAGUCAGAUAAAGGGGAAUCAAGACAAUCGAGUGAUUCGGAAAACUCAAAGAGUUAAUACAUGUUCAACCAUACCAACGUAAUGUAAUGAAUGGAGAGCAAUGUGCACAUAUGCACAGGCCGCGUUCAGAGACACACCUGUACCGUAGGAGAAGUCAUUAGUCACAAGGGCCACGUGUUAGGUCAACGAGCGUAUCCCUCUUAAUGCAACUUACUUCGCACUAGGGCUGCACGAUAUGACGAAAAUAUGUGAUAUGCGAUCAUGUUUUUUGAAUAUCGCGAUAAUAUUACUUGCUUACUUUAAAUAAGCAGAUAUUAAAGUGUACUCAGUUCUGCAUUUCUGCUGCUUUCAGUAUUCUGAUAUUGUUGAAUUGAAAUCAAAUGAAAUAAUUUCCAACACGCUUUUAUUGAACAAACUGAAGAUUGAAUUGAAUAUAAAAGACAACCCUAAAAAAAAGAACACUUUCGAGUGCAGUUUUCUGAUUUUUUUUGUCAUUCGCAAUAUGUCGCAGCCUUUUCGCGAUGUUUAUUGCACGCGUUAUCGCGAUGAUGUAAAAAAACAAACAAAAAAAAACAUAUUGUGCAGCCCUACUUCGCACAAAGUAUUAUACUGUAUUAACACUUGAUUAUCUAGCUUCCAUGUAAAAUAUGUACAGUAAGUGUAACUCCUUGAAUGGGGCUUGGAGUGAUCUUAACUUAAGGUUAAAAUACUGCAUGACUGCCUGGUUUUCCACAUCCACAGAAGCGAUUUAUUUGGAUGUGAAGAAUCUUUUUAUCAAAAGCCAGGACCUGAUCAUCAACGAGCUCUUUUGUCAAAGGGCAUGAACAGCAGCUUCCCAUUCCAGGUUGGUUUCUCAUUCCCUAUGCCUGUAAUUGAAUGCAUGUCGCGUCACGUGCAUGCAUUACACGUCCAUCACGUCUUUUCAGUUAUGGAGCACUUUUCAAAGCCAUCGUAGUCUUCCGCAAUAGCUCAGAUUUUAUUCACUGUGACCAUAAAAAAAAAAAAAAUAUUCUAUUUUUCUUAACUUUGAUUUUCUAUGAAUUAUUUUACUACAUAAAUUAGUGAAUGUACUUCUAUGAUGCAAAUAAAUCGCACUUAAAAUAAACAUCCAUCAAGAGA